ACAUUAAUGCGCUGUUAGUUUCGUACGAUGCUUGCUGCAAAAGGGACGCUUGCAGAAAUGCAUCCUCAUUUCAUUGGUUUCACCGUGUUAUUGGUGAUAAAUAUCGCUUACUGCGAGAUAAACGCGAACGAUGAUGUACUCGGGUGUCGUUUAGAAUCCGGAGAACCUGUAGAUUGGUACUACCUGUACAAAUUGCCGAAAGAAUCCACCGAGCGUGAUUCACCGACGAAUGGCUUGCGUUACACGUACGUAUCAUCGAAGGAUGAAGCCGGGCCGGACACUCCCCUACAGUGGCACACCGCCCGGUACAGCGUGAACGAAUCCGCCAGUGCACCGGGCAGUACGAUCAUUCCCUCGACCCGCGAUCCUUCCACCCAGCUUACGAUCAUGUACAACGAUGAACCGACGAACGGACCGGUCGAUAUGGUGCGGGGCCAUGCGAAGGGUGUAGUCAGCACGGACGGUACCACCGGCUUUUGGUUGAUCCAUUCCGUGCCCAAAUUCCCACCCGCAAUCGGUGCCGAGUACGGCUAUCCGCACACCGGCAUGCUGUACGGACAGAGCUUCCUGUGCAUUUCGCUAGCCGCCGAUCAGAUGGAAACGGUUGGCCGCCAGCUACUGUACAACGAGGUGACCGUUUAUUCGUCCAGUAUCCCACCGGCACUGGCCGGCCGGUUUCCCACCCUGAAACGUGCGGCCGAAAUGGCACCGACGGAUAAAUCGCCCCCGUUUUACAGCCAGCAAACGAUCCGAUCGCGCGACGGUGUGGAGUUCGUUACGUUUGCGAAGAGUCGGCAGUUUGGGAAGGAGCUGUACGCGGAUUGGAUGGCGCCGGCACUGGACACGGGACUGAUGGUGGAAAGUUGGCAGCAUGGGGCGGGUAAUUUGCCGAGCGAAUGUUUCGAUGGUCAACAGCGUCACAGUGUGUUGAAUGUGCGGGAAGUUUCGGUGGGCCGGGAGGAUCGCUUCAAAACGCUCAAGGAUCAUUCGAAGUGGGCUGUGGGAGGGGGAAGUGCCGAGGGAUGGAUCUGUGUGGGGGACAUAAAUAGGCAGGAGCAUCAGAAGCAGCGUGGCGGUGGGAGCGUUUGCCAGGCGUCGGUGCGCGUGGCCACACUCUACCGGGGAAUGAUCGAUGACGUUGAACCGUGUCCGAAACCGUGAAGAGAGAUCGGUUUGCUGGAUGUAAAGUGAAAUACAUAAAUAGGCAGUGAAAUUGGAGCCGGUAUGUUGAA